AUGAUCAUCCAUCUCGGAAGCCGGCGACCAUCAAUCAAAGUGGCCAGCGAACGGUACGAAAAACAGCAGAAUACGUGUGAAUCAGAAUUCUAAGAGGUUUCUAGGGUCGCGCGUCCUCGAGAAACUGUACGAGGCCGAGAAUCGCUUCUCUCAAGCAUGUGAUCGCACAAAGAACGCAACCAACUUGCCGUAUCAACAGUCAGGGUUGCGUUAAAAGAAGUUCCAAUCUACAUGAUUCAAGGAUUCAAUUUCUUGAAUACGUUAAUUGCGAAAAAAAUACAGCAUGAAAACUUAAAGAAAAAGAAAAAAAUAGAUUUUUUCAAAGCUAAAUUGAUAAAAAAACCAAUCCAAAAAAACGAUUCUGAACACAAGAAAAAAAUCAGAAAUAAAAACAAAGGAAGCUGAAAAGAAGAGAAAUUUUUUUAUCGUCCGAUUAUGGCGCCAAUCAAAGUUUUUUUGGAAAGUUUGUGCAAUGGAGCGCAUUCGUGCUCUAAGAACUUCAAUGAGUCAUUAUGUGCAUCUCGAAUUUUUUUGUAGAUUUUUUUAAAGUCUUGGAUUUAUUUUAAUGUCCAUUUUCAACAUUUUCUUUUAUGUCGCUUUGUGAGAAAAAAUGCACUUUAAACUAGGCAAGGUUUGAACUUUUGUAUCUCUGCUCAUCAUAAAAAGAAGUUUUUUUAUGAAGAAUAGUUGAAAAAGCAUUUAAGUGUUGCAAUUCAAGAUUCUGAAAUAUGAGAUGAUUUAUAGGUCUUUUCUUCAUUAAAACUGGCAUGUCCACUGGCCUUUUUUCGUAAUCUCCAUGACGCAACAGGCGUUCCAUUUUCAACACGAAAUUCGGCCUGAAACCAAUAUCUGGUCGCAUAGGUAAAUCAAAUUGUGAAAUCGUCUUUGAGGCAAUUUCAAUUAACUUCCGUCUCUUUUUUUUUACCAUGCUGAUUUCUACAUCUCGAAAACCAGUUGACAAUUUUCCACUUCAGGCCGAGAAAAAAAGAGACGUUCAUGUUUCCUAGACAUGAGAGAAACAUCACACCAUAGUUGAUAAGAGUGAUUGAUGGCUCUUUUUUAGGAUAGGCAAAAAAUGUUGCGAAUUUCUUGGACCUAUCGCAGUGGACUGCAACUUUUUGAGACAACUUGAUCUAUUGAACCGCCGUUCUUUUCUUUUUUGGAUGAAAGCGGCCAGGCAAUAAAUUCUUCAAGCCUUUCUCGUCUUGAAGAUCGUCUUUGAGGCAAUUUCAAUUGCGAAAUGAAAAGAAAAUCGGAGAUAAAGAAGUUUCUUCAUCAUUCGAAAAUAACUUUGAAAUGGUUUUUUCUAGUAAACUUCAAUUUUUUUUUGCCUUGCAACGUUGACGAAGAAAAACAAAUUAUUUCUUAAGAUCAAAUCGUUUUCAACACGAAAUUCGGCCUGAAACCAAUAUCUGGUCGCAUAGGUAAAUCAAAUUGUGAAAACCUCUGUUGAUACAAGAAACGGCCAUUAGGGAUCUCCAUCAAGAUUUUCAGAUAUUUUUCGGCUCUUUUAUAGCUUUUAUGGGGAUCAUUUUUGAAGUCUUCCAACUGCAAAAAUGAAAAAUCCCAUAAGAGUUCAUGAAGUAUUAUUACGUUUUUUCAACUUCACUAGACACGAGACGCCUUUUGCACAUGUGAAAACAAAGAUUUAUGAACUUUUUCUGUUGAAAAAUCAUGUGUGCUUCACAUUUUCUUCAAUUUAGGUUUGAAAUGACCUUGAAAAACGUCACCAACUGUUUUUGAAUAAAAAUGGCAACGGUAAUGUUUUCAACGAAUCGUUCGAGGAAAACCCAAUCGGAAAACAUUCCCACGCUUGAUCAUUGUUAAAAGGCGUCUUGUGGACAGUGAGUGCAAUGGGGAAACCCCCGUACCUUUCAUCUCGGUAUGGUCUUCUCUGUCUCCGCCCACUUCGUCGGCUGUUACCGUGCCUAUUUAAGGCAACCCGUUUCUCUUACGCAUCUUAACAACCACAGUUUUUGGCUGCUAUUCUGCGCCACUCCUGCAUGGAAACAAUCUAUUCCCGCGUACUAUGCUGAUUCGCCCCGACCGCAAAGUGUCCAAGAUAUCCAAACAAAAGAAACUGCCUUUCGGUAAGAGAAACUCUGUGAAACUUCGAAAUAUAUCCUCUAUUCAGCACCUUCAAACGCUCAACUCUUCUCUGCUGACUGGAUCUCAACCUCUGUCAUCUGCUUCGGACUCUGUGAACUGUCGAUUCGCGUCGCUACUGCAUCUUCGAGUCUCUAAAAGUCAGAUUUUUAAGAUUCAAAACUCGUGGCAACUCCUUUCUGCCCAUCUUUUUUCAUUCCACACUUCCAACGUUAUCAAAAGAUCACGUGAAACUAGUAACUUUAACGCGUGGGAGAAUCAAAAUCGCAACAUUUUCAAUCGAUAAAUGUUUCUUUUGUCUCGAGAACGAAUCUUGAGUCUCCGACGGGCCGUUUACGAAGUCAUCCAUCACAUUUCUUCACGGCGCACACUUGAUGUGCCAAAUUAAGGUCGACAUUAUUUGGAGGACAAAUGAGAAGAAAAAAAAAGACAAAAAGCUAAAAAAAAAAUUGAAAGAGGGAGAACGGAACAUUUAUUUCUAAACGAGAAACGUUUUCAAGAAUGCAUGGUUUCAGAAUGUCAUCGUUCCCUAUGAUGAGCAACGCAAUGCACUGCAAAACGCAUCGUCUCUCAUUAGAAACAGCCAAAGUGAGAAUUUCUUCUUCGACUUGGGAUAGCGGUUCAGGAAAUUCAAGAAAAUGCUCGAGAAGGCUCAAAAUAGCUGAAAUAUUCGAAAUUAUCCUUUUCUGCACAGAUUAUUGUGAAAUUUCAGUUGUGGGAAAUCCCGCGACAAUCUUAUACUUUUAAAAUACCUUUUAAGCUUGAACUUUUGGAGCUUUUUUUGAAAUUUUUCUAAAACACUUUUUUUGAGAAAAAAACAGAAGAGUGAGAAAAAAAUAGGAAUUCUCCAAGUUAGAACUUUCAGAAUCUGUUUCUUUUUUGUAUAUAAAAUAUUCAUCUGAUUGAUUUACGAAAAUUUUUGUAUAAAAUGAUAUUAUCUUCCUUAUAAGCUUUUAUGUACCAAAAAAAAGAAAGUUAAACUGUUAAAACAGAAAAAAAUGGUAACACAUUAAAUUUUUUUCAGAUCGAAGCUCUCGAAGCUGAGAAACAAUUAGUCAGCCGCACAAUGGCCGUCAGUCCGAACGUCAUGCCGUCAGAACAGUCGCUUGGAAAACCCAAUGGUAUUACUGGAAAAUCUUUCGUUUUCUCACUCACUACUAUUUCCAGACUCUCCUCGAGUCUUCAAUUGGCCAUCCGUUUUCCUAUUCAGCCGCUGA